UUCCUCGUGGCGGCCAUUUUUCCUGCUUUCGUAUUUGUUGUCGCUCCGGAGCGCUGGGCCGGAACUUGGGUGACAGGGUUGAGAAGGUCCAAGAGGAGUCGCUGUCCCCGCUGCAUAGAGGUCGGUCUGAAGUUCGGCGACGCCGCCGGGGGUGCUCCGCGCCAGGCCCGGGAGAGGCACCGCCGUGCCCGCGUCCACCCGCCUCUCCCGCCGCUACCGGCCCCGCUCUGCCCCCAGAUUCUGAUGGCGGCGGCGGCGCCGCUGAGGACCCCGCCUCAGAAGUGCAGUGUGACCUUUGAGGACAUUGCUGUGUACUUCUCCUGGGAGGAAUGGAGGCUCCUUGAUGAGACUCAGAGACGCCUGUACCUCGAUGUGAUGCUGGAGAACUUUGCACUUAUAUCCUCACUGGGUUGCUGCUGUGGCACAGAGGAUGCAGAGACACCUUUUGAACAGAUCGCUUCUCUAGGAGUGUCACAGGCUAGGACUCCCAAGGCAGCUUUGUCUUCCCAGAACACACACCCCUGUGAGAUGUGUGGUCCAGUCUUGAGAAACGUUUUCCACUUGGCUGAGUGCCAGGAAACACAACACAGCCAGAAACUUUUGAGGUGUGGAGCAUGUGCAAAACGAUUUUGUUUUAGUGCAAACUUUCAGCAGCACCAAGAGCAGCACAUGGAAAAGAAAACCCUCAGAAGCAGUGUGGAUGAGGCCUCGUUUGUGAAGAGCUGCAGAUUCCAUGUGUCACAGAAGCCAUUGUGCUGUGGCGAGUUUGAAAAGGACUUCCCAACCAUCGUGGGACAUCUACAGCAACAGGCCACUCAUACUGUGGAGAAGCCAAACACAGUCACCCAGUGUGGGUCAACUUCACAAGGCAGGAAAAGCCGUCACACCUGGGGAGAAUGCAAGAAAGCCCUCAGCCCCAAACACACACUUGUUCAGGACCAUGGUGUCCACACUGGAAGACAGUGUUUUGUGUGCGGUGAAUGUGGGAAAGCAUUCAAGUACAAAUCCUCAUUUGUUCUGCACCAGAGAAUCCACACUGGAAAAAAGCUUCAUGUAUGUGGUGAAUGUGGAAAAUCUUUUAGGCAAAGCUCAACCCUCUGUCAACAUCGAAGAAUUCAUACUGGGGCAAGGCAGUACAAGUGCAGCAAAUGUGGGAAAUCUUUAAGCCACAAAUCUGUCCUCAUUUAUCCCCAUCCAUGGCACAGUGGAGAAAACAGUUAUGUGUGCAGUGAAUGUUCGAAGUCUUUUAGCCAUAGCUCAGUGUUCAUUCCACAUGGGAGAUUUCAAAUUGGAGAAAGGCCUUAUAAGUGUAGUGACUGUGUGAAAUCUUUUACUUCUAUGUCUGCACUCAGUUAUCAUCAGAGAUCUCACACAGGAGAACGACCUUAUGUGUGCAGUGAUUGUGGGAAAUCUUUUAUCUCUAGUUCUGACCUUCGUUACCAUCAGAGAGUUCAUUCUGGAGAAAGGCCUCAUGAGUGCAGUGAAUGUGGGAAAUCUUUUAUCACUCGUACUGCUCUCCGUUAUCAUCACAGAGUUCACACUGGAGAAAGACCUUACGAGUGUAGUGAAUGUGGGAAGUCCUUUACCCGAAAAAAUAACCUAAUUAUACACCUAAGAGUGCACUCAGGAGAAAGGCCUUAUGAGUGUAGUGAAUGUGGGAAAUCUUUUACCUUUAGCUCUAGCCUUCGUUAUCAUCACAGAGUACACACUGGAGAAAGACCUUAUGAGUGCAGUGAAUGUGGGAAAUCUUUUAACAAUAGGUGGACACUCAUUCGACACCGGAGAAUUCACACAGGAGAAAAGCCUUAUGCGUGCAAUAAAUGUGGGAAAUCUUUUUCUUGUAGCUCCACCCUCCAGUAUCAUGAACGAGGUCACCUUGGGGAAAGGCCUUAUGGGUGUGAUGAAUGUGGGAAGUCUUUUACCACUAGCUCUGCCCUCCGUUAUCAUCAGAGAAUUCACACAGGAGAAAGGCCUUAUGAGUGCAGUGAAUGUGGGAAAUCUUUUAUCUCUAGGUCUGACCUCCAAUACCAUCAGAGAGUUCAUUCUGGAGAAAGGCCUUAUGAGUGUAGUGAAUGUGGAAAAUCCUUUAUCCGAAGAAAUAACCUUCUUUUACACCAGAGAGUUCACACAGGAGAAAGGCCUUACAACUGUAGUGAAUGUGGGAAAUCUUUUAACAAUAGGUGGACACUCAUUCAACACCAGAGAGUUCACACAGGAGAAAAGCCUUACGUGUGCAGUGAAUGUGGGAAAUCCUUUACCUCCAGCUCCACCCUUUGUUAUCAUCAGAGAGUUCAUGCAGGAAAAAGGCCUUAUGAAUGCAGUGAAUGUGGGAAAUCUUUUACCUCUAGUUCUACCCUGCGUUAUCAUCAGAGAGUUCACACAGGAGAAAGGCCUUAUGAAUGCAGUGAAUGUGGGAAAUCUUUUACUUUUAGUGCCAGCCUCCGUUAUCAUCACAGAGUGCACACUGGAGAAAGGCCUUAUGAGUGCAGUGAAUGUGGGAAAUCCUUUAAGGAUAGAUCACAAUUCAAUAAACACCGGAGAGCUCACACUGGAGAAAGACCUUAUGAGUGUGGUGAAUGUGGGAAAUCUUUUAGCCAAAAAUCUUCCCUCUCAACACACCGGAAAAUUCAUAAUAGAGAACGGUCUUAUGAGUGUAGUGCAUGUGGGAAGUCUUUUACCUCUAUCUCUGGCCUUGGUUAUCAUCAGAGAGUUCACAGGGGAGAAAAGCCUUAUCAGUGCAAUGAGUGUGGGAAAUCUUUUACCAAUAGCUCCAUACUGAUUCGACACCAGAGAGUUCACACAGGAGAGAGACCUUAUGUGUGCAGUGAGUGUGGGAAAUCUUUUACUAGUAGUGCCACCCUCUCUUAUCAUCAGAGAGUUCAUGCAGGCAAAAGGCCUUAUGAGUGCAGCAAAUGUGGGAAAUCUUUUACCUCUAGUUCCACCCUUCGUUAUCAUCAGAGAGUUCACGCAGGAGAUAGGCCUUAUGAGUGCAGUGAGUGUGGGAAAUCCUUUAUCUCUAGCUCUAAACUCCGCUACCAUCAGAGAGUUCACACGGGAGAAAGGCCUUAUGUGUGCAGUGAGUGUGGGAAAUCCUUUAGGGAUAGUUCCCAAUUUAGUCAACAUCGGAGAGGUCACACUGGAGAAAGGCCAUAUGAGUGUAGAGAAUGUGGGAAAUUUUUUAUGCGAAAAUCUACCCUUUCUCAACAUCAGAGAGUUCACACUAGAGAAAGGUCUUAGAUGUACUGGG